CGCAAAAUUUGUCAUUUGUUUCCUUCGAAUGCUCAAUCAAAUCAAACAACACGAUAUGAGCUAAUUCGAAUUCGAAUUCCGAAAUUCGACUACUCACGAACGUGUUGUGGCCAAUCGAAUUCGAUUCAUCGUCAUCUCCUUCCACCAUUUGCGAUCCUUCCUUCAUCGUACAAAUCUGGUGAUUUUGGUUCUCUUUGAUGAGUUUUGGAAUGGGGGUAGUGGAAAAUAUGGUACAUACAGAGUCAUCAAAACUGAGCAAUGGUAAUGUUUCAGAGGAGAAACUAGGAGGAAACGGUUUGCAGAACAGUAGCCGCAUCGCCGAUGUUAUGUCCCGGCUAAAGUUCAAGCGUCGAAAUGUUUAUGCGGUUAGAGACUUCCCACCUGGCUGUGGAACCCAUGCCAUGAGGCUCAGACCAAGAACGGAAGCCAAGCCUUGCCAGAACGGGAAUGUUGCUGAUGACGGCUAUGCUCGGUCUUCUUCUGAAGCUAAGGCUGAGUCUUUAGCUAAAGAGGAAGAGAACCUGGGACAGAGAGAUGAUGACCAGUUGAAACCUAUUGAUGAACAGCUAAGGUCUUCUGAAGCUAAGGCUGAGUCUUCAGCUAAAGAGGAAGAAAACUUGGGGCAGAGAGAUGGUGAUCAGUUGAAACCUUUUGAUGAACAGCUAAGGUCUUGUGAAGCUAAGGCUGAGUCUUCAGCUAAAGAGGAAGAAAACUUGGGACAGAGAGAUGAUGAUCAGUUGAAACCCUUUGGUGAGCAGCCUUGUAAUGACAUGGUAGUCGCGCCUGAACCGGAACAGGAGCCAAUGAAAGAGGAAUCUGACGCAUUGAUGUUGGCAUUAGAAGAUGUGAAGCUGCCGGAGAACACAAGUGAUGUACCUAUGGUUGAGCCGGUGGAGGUUCAGCCUUUAACCAUAUGUUUGCCAAAUAGUAAUGGUGAGAAUGCGGCGCUGGUUCCUGUUGCUGGUGAGCAAAACAUCGACAGAACUGGGUCGAUGAAGAAGAGAUUGGUUGUUGAGAAGUCAGGGUCUGGCUCUAGCAAAAGAAAGGCAAAGAAAGGGAUUGCAUUUCAUGAACCCUUGAAGCUUACCAAAACGACCAGUCGAGAGUAUGGCGAAGGAUCUAGGUUGAAGAAGAACGGUGAGAAGAGGAGCUCAUUUCCGCGUGAGAGGGAAACUCCGGAUCCAGAGGAACCAGUCCGACGGCCUAAAACAUUACAUGUCGACAUUUUUCCUUCGCGUCCAACUGGUUCAAGCAGCGGUGAUAGUAUGCGGAACAAAGUCAAGGAAACUCUACGUCUUUUCUACGGAGCUUGUAGAAAACUCUUGCAGGAGGAAGAAGCAAAGCCUACCAAAAGAAAGAAUUUCAGAGUAGAUUUCGAGGCCUCUAAAAUCCUCAAGAGUAAAGGGAAGUUUCUCAACACUGGUAAUCAGAUCAUGGGAACUGUGCCUGGUGUUGAAGUUGGUGAUGAGUUUCAAUACAGGAUGGAGCUGAACAUUCUUGGUAUACACAGACCAAGUCAAGGAGGUAUCGACUAUAUGAAGGUCGAUGGUGAAAUCUAUGCGACGAGUAUUGUAGCCUCUGGAGGGUACGAUGACGAGCUUGAUAACUCUGAUGUCUUGACUUACACGGGUCAAGGCGGAAAUGUGAUCAUAAAAAGCAAAAGAGGAGUGGAUGAAAAACAGCCCGAAGACCAAAAGCUUGUAACGGGAAACCUAGCUUUAGCAAACAGCAUAAACAAGAAGAACCCUGUGCGUGUCAUAAGAGGCAACAAGAAGGCAGUUUUGGAAUCAUCAGGUUCUGCCAAAGGUGGGAACUAUGUCUACGACGGGUUAUAUGUCGUCGAAGAGUUUUGGCAAGAAACAGGAUCACACGGGAAGCUCGUCUUCAAGUUUAAACUUAGACGCAUGCCUGGACAACCUGAGCUUUCAUGGAAAGUGGUGAAGAACACAAAGAGGUCGGAACACAGGGAAGGUCUGUGCAGACUUGACAUCUCAGAAGGGCACGAGAGGUUGCCUAUUUGCGCAGUGAACGAAAUCGACGACGAGAAACCUCCUCCGUUCAUCUACACGACUAAAAUUAUAUACCCGGAUUGGUGCAGACCAAUCCCUCCAAAGGCAUGUGGUUGCACCACACGUUGCACUGAAACGAGAAACUGCGCCUGCGUGGCGAAAAACGGAGGUGAGAUACCUUACAACUACGAUGGAGCCUUAGUUAGUUUCAAGAACUUAGUCUACGAGUGUGGCCCGCACUGCAAAUGCCCUCCUUCUUGUUACCUAAGAGUCACACAGCGAGGGAUCAAGUUCAAGCUUGAGAUCUUCAAAACAGAGUCAAGAGGUUGGGGAGUGAGAUCGCUUAGCUCGAUUCCUUCGGGUAGCUUCAUAUGUGAAUACGUAGGUGAGCUUUUAGAGGAUAAAGAAGCGGAAAGAAGAAUCGGUAACGACGAGUAUCUCUUUGACAUUGGGAAAAAACAUGAUAACACUUUAGCGGAAGGGAUGUCGAAGUUAAUGCCCGAGACACAGGCCAUGAAAGAAGAUGAAGAUGAUGAUGAUGAUGAUGAUGAUAAGACGAGCGGGUUCACUAUUGAUGCUGCAAAGAAAGGGAAUGUUGGGAGGUUUUUAAACCAUAGCUGCUCGCCGAAUCUGUUUGCACAAGACGUAAUGUAUGAUCAUGAAGACACGAGGUUCCAUCACGUGAUGUUCUUCGCCAUGGACAAUAUACCUCCGCUUCGAGAACUCACUUACCACUACAAUUACAAAAUCGAUGAGGUACGUGACCUCAACGGUAAUAUCAAGAAGAAAAUUUGCUACUGUGGCUCUUCUGAUUGUACCGGUAGACUCUAUUGAUCUAUUCACCUCAAAAAAAUAUUCCCUGAUUUUUAAUCAGAUUCCUCUUGUUGUAUGUUACAUUUAGACUUGAAGUAAGUUUGAAUAUUGUCUAAAACCAAGAUAAUCUAAUGGUGGAAAUGUUUUUGCUGAGUAUAUUUACAAAACAAAACG